GUUUGGCUCGUUGAAGCUAUCCGAGCUGGCUUCAGAAACAACGACGAUAAACAUAAGCGCGGAGCGUGCACACGCUAGUGAAAAAUAUUUUAGUUUAUUAUUAACUAGUUUAUAAUUCUAUUGUGAUAUUUUAUGAAGACUGUGACGAAAGAGUGCGCGAGAUGGAGGAUGACCAACAAUUUUGUUUAAAGUGGAACAACCAUCAGUCGACACUGAUAUCUCAGUUCGACACUUUAUUAGAAAAUGAAACGUUAGUGGAUUGUACAUUAGCGGCUGAGGGAAAGUACCUGAGGGCGCACAAAGUAGUUUUAUCUGCCUGUAGCCCAUAUUUUGAAUCCCUGUUAAGGCUUCAAUACGACAAGCAUCCUAUUUUUAUAUUGAAGGAUGUUAAGUAUCAGGAACUUAGGGCAAUGAUAGAUUAUAUGUAUCGGGGCCAAGUGAAUAUUAGUCAAGAUCAAUUAGGAGCACUUUUAAAAGCCGCGGAGACGCUGCAAAUUAAAGGCCUCUCAGAUAGUAGGACAAAUGAAAAGAAACAGCCUGAACGUGUACCUAGUCCACCUCUUCCUAGUUCAACUAAGUCUUCUGGUCCUACUAUUAGUAAACCAAUAGUCAAACCUCCCCCGCCUGAUGACGACAUAGCGGAUCAAAACUCACCUGCCGAUAGGGAAACCUCCUCUAGCCCAACCUCUAGGAAACGAAGGAGGAGUAGAAGGCAUAGUAAUGAUGAGUCUGCCGUGUUACCUGAUAAUCAUGAACUUAGUAAUUCAAGUACCCACUCAGAAUUUGUUUCUCACCUCUCUGCCCAAACUUCAAUCAACCGACCCAACGUAACGGACCGGACUGAAAACUCUUCUGAUACAUUCCAGUCUCCCGCCAUUGCCAAAACCUCUGAAAAAAUAAACGUUCCUAAAAUCAAAGAAAUCCGAAAAUCAGAACAACAUAGUGAACUAAUACUUGAACCCAAAUCUGAAUAUGUUGACGAAGAAGGCAAUGACUCUGUUGAAGACCUAACACUUGAAGACGAAGAAAUGGAUGAUAUGGACCAAUCACAAGCCGGACCUAGUCAUGGUGGUGAAGGAUCCAGCCAAGGUUUUGCUGGAUGGCAUAACAUGGGCGGUGAUAGGACGCAAGAUGAAGUUUUCAUGGCAGCACAGGACGCAGCGGCAGGACAUCGUGACUCACAAGUUAUUACGGUGAGACCAAAAUCGGUGGCUUUGGGCGCAGAAGAAGUUGAUUUAGUUGCCGAUCUGGAUUUGUCCAAAGCCAAUCGCAACUUGCAAUGGCUCGCUAAAUGCCCACAUGCAGAUUGUGGUGUCAUGACAACUCGCGAAAAACUUCCAACGCACUUGCAGACACACUACGAAAAGCAGACAAUUUUGGAUGCUAAGAAAAAUCAGAAACAAAUCGACAAUUUGCAGACUCUAUUACAGCGUGCAGGGGAUAAAAAAUCUUCUGAAAAUGGAAAGGAAGCAGGACCAAGUAGCUCAAAUGAUUCACCGAAAAAGGACACUGCAGUUGUUGGAGUACCGAAAAGAAGUAGACCAGUAAUUCGUGUCGCCGAAGAUGAAAGGUCUAUAAAAGAAGUUAUUUUAGGAAGUACCACAUUCAGGGAAUGCACAUUACACAUAUCAGGACCAUCAAAACCGGAAAUAAAAUCAGAUCCAGACACGAAGAAAGUUAAGACCAAGACUGCCAAAGUUAUUCAUUUAACUGGAGAUUCAACAGUUGUAUCAAGUGUGGAGACUCAAGUUUUGUCUCCAAAAAGGAAUAAUCCAAAAUCUAGUAAACAAAACGACGAAGCUAAACGCGAUCGUAGGGUAAGAAAACGACCCGGUUGGUUGAGCGCUGGCGAUUUCACACAAUAAUAAAACAACCUUUUG